GGGAAAUAGGUUUCAGUAAAUCAUCGAUAUUAUUUGCACUUAAAAUAGGUCCUAUUUCAGAAGGACAUUGUACAAUUAGAAACAUAGUAACCGCGCGUUCCGGAAAUGGCAGACGCAUCAAAGUUUCUCACUGCUUUCCUGAUUUUUUGCUUUAUUUUUUCCGAGGCUGUUUCUCUGGAUGAAAAUGAAAGGAAAGACGAAUCCUGCGUUACUCAUGCCGGGAAUUACACGACUUCAAAGAAAUUGUUUCCAACAUUGCUCAAGAAUCCAAAUUCAGUUGCACUACAGGACUAUCGCUUCACUAACAGUGUCAGUACCAGUGGUGGCGUUAAAUUGGAUGCUUAUCAAAUUGCAUUGAUCGUUAUAGGUUCUAUAACAAUCAUAGCCACCUUGAUAUUUACUUCACCUUGUUGGUGCAAAUGUCUUAUCGGCUGUUGUGAGUGUUUCACGGACUGUUUCGAGAACUGUUGCGAUGAAGGGUGCUCAACACCGGAUUGUUGUAAACCAAGAGAAACAACUGAUCAAACAGAUGUUGAGAACCAAGACGAUAAAAAGUACUAGAUUACGAACUUCAGUAUGACAUUCAACUGAAAUGAUUACUUUGAACAAUAAUCAAACAUCAAUACAAGUCCUUUGUAUAUUGUGGUUCCUCUUAUAUACCGAGAGUCUACAAAAAAGACCGACCGCCGACCACCGACCACUCUCCACAGCUGGAUCAGUGGUCGGUAUUUUACAUUAAUAUGAAUAGAUGCAAAAUUAGAAGUGAAAAAUAAAACUUAAAACUAGGACUCUGUACCUCCACAAGGUCGUGAUAAAAAUGUGUCUAACCAUUUUAAAUCACGAUGAAAAACGCACAUGAAAAACGUAACAUCGUCGUGGUAAUGUCCUAUUUCUAAGUGAUGUGUCAGUUUUUAGUAUAGAAGACAAAGGAGGACGGAA